AUGUCGCAACACUUAAAGAGGGGCAAGCUCCACGCAAUAAAGCUUAAAGCGAAAUCAAAACUGAAGGGUCUCUUCGUGCAGCCACAGCCUGGGGACACAUCUCCCAGCCCAUCGGCAAACGGCGCACAGCCCAGCGUCUCGCAAGCGAAUAGUACAGAAAUCAUUGCAACUUCCAACGAAUUGCCGGGAGACAGCACGGUGAACGGCACACAACCGGACGUGCAGCAACAGGAUGUCAUAGCGAACGGCACACAGUCUGGCAUCCUGCAAGAGAACAACACCGUGAACAGCACACAACCCGACGCGCUGCAACAAGACACCAUAGUGAACAGCCCGUCAGAAGCAGCUAGUACGACACCUCAACCUCCCCAAGGCCCUUCACCCGAGCUUCAGCAACAGUUGUCAAAACUUCCCGAAGAUCACUCGCCCAAGCCUUCUAGUAUACAGCCGCAAGACCUUCCCAAAGCCCAUUCGCCAGAGCCUCGUGUGCCUGAGGCUCAGCCACUCUGGGACCGCGCGUACACUGCCCUGACGAAGGACCAAGAGACGCUGGUGAAGGAGUAUGAAGAUUUGCUUUCGAGGGAGGCUCAAACGACAGGUGCCGCAUCGGAAAAUGCCAGCAACGGUGGCCAACUUCGCCGCGCUCAGCUCGCCGCCGUCAUAGAACAGGGCCUGCGUCGCAUGGAUGAGAACAAAUUGAAAUACACCAUCGCCAGCCACGAGUUCAACUUGACAGAGCAGAUCGACAGCGCCGCACGCUUUGUACUGUGGGCAAAAAACUUGGUCAGCGAGGGAGCCAAAGCGUCUCCAGAGGCAUCUGUCGCAUGGGCGGGCGUCUGCAUCAUCCUGCCGCUGCUCACAAACCCCACGACGGCGGCCCAGGCUAACAACGACGGUUUUGUCUAUGUCACCGCCCGCUUGCGCUACUACACGGCUUUGGAGGAGCUGGUGGAGCGCCUCGGCCGCAAUGAGGAGGUUAGUAAAGCGCUGUUCGAAGAGACCACCACCCACCUCGUCGACCUCUACCAGCAGAUUCUCGCGUUUCAGCUUCAGAGCGUCUUGCGGUUCUACCGUGGCCGGAUCAAGGCCUUUGCGAAGGACGCAAUCUUGCCAAAGGACUGGAAACAGAUGCGUAACGACAUCAAGACACGUGAAGAAACCAUCAACACAGACCUGGCCCAGAUGAACGGGCUCAUGGCGCGGCAAGAGCUGGAGCGUCUGAACGUGACCAGCAAGGAUGUGCGUGAUACCCUUUUGGACGUCUUGGAUAUAUCUAAGAAGCGACUAAAGAUGCAACAAAAAGAAGCACGGCAGCAGCUGUCAAAUAAAAGUAAAGAGUGCCUUCGGCUCUUUUACCUCGCCGAAAGCGCAGAUAAGGCGACUUACGAUACGUUCAAGGGCCGUGUGGAAGACCGUCUCGACGGCACAUGUCGGUGGUUUCUUGAAAAUUCCAUCUUCCAAAACUGGCUGGGGCAAGAGUCCGGUCCAUUGCUGGUCUCUGCAGAUCCUGGAUGCGGCAAAUCCGUCUUGGCCAAGUCGCUUGUCGACAAUGAGCUGUCGAAGCAGGCAGCGACUGUGUGCUACUUUUUCUUUAAAGACCAGGUCCAAAACAGAGUCCACCAAGCACUGUGUGCUCUCCUGCACCAGCUUUUCUUUCAGAACCCAAACCUAAUCAAGCACGCAAUGGAGACAUUUAAGAACAAGGGGUCCGCUCUGAUCUAUUCGACAGAAACGCUUUGGACAAUACUCGGCAAUGCGGUACGGGAUCCUAGGGCGGGGCAGGUCACAUUUGUCUUGGAUGCGCUUGAUGAAUGUUCCCCGUCCGAGUUUGACAGCUUGCUGAUAGAAUUGGGGAAUUUGUUCUCUGGCAGCACCCGUCCAAAUCUCAAGGUCGUUAUGACAACCCGUCCGUACGAGAAUAUCUUAGUCCAGUUCCGAAGCUGUUUUAGGGACCCUGAGACAGUUCACAUUCCGGGCCAGGAAAGUCCAGAUGUCAUUCGCGACGAGAUCAACCUCGUCAUCGAACACCGUGUCAAGAAACUAGCACAAGACAAGAAUCUUCAAGAUAAAGUCGUGGACAGCUUAAAACAAAGGCUAUUUGCCGUUGAGCACCGCACAUACCUCUGGGUAUACCUCGUCUUUGACUACUUAAAAAAGGAGGUGUUCCAAAAAACGAAACAGGGGGUCAACAAAGUCCUCGGCGUGCUUCCGAGGACUGUCAACGAAGCCUACGAGAAGAUCCUAAGCAAGUCCAAGGAGCCCAGAACUGUUCGGAACAUCUUGUGUAUCAUCCUGGCCGCGAGCCGACCGCUGACACUGCGGGAGAUGAAUGUGGCUGUGAAUGUGGGCGAGGUCACCGACGGAAAACUGGAACCACCCAGUAUCGACGACAUUGAUCUGGGGGACGAGAACGACUUCAAAAUCUAUCUUCAAGAUUUGUGUGGAUUGUUUGUCUCAGUGUACCAGGGCAGCAUAUUUUUUCUGCACCAAACUGCUCGGGAGUUUCUCCUCGCCACAGAUCUGUCAACAGGAUCAACAGCAAUAUCGUCUGAGCCGUCUUGGCAGCAGUCCAUCACCAUUAAGGAUGCGCACGCGUGUCUCUCUAGGGUUUGCGUGCUCUAUCUGCUUGUUUUCGACUCUGACACCGAACGCAUAUUAGACGAAGAUGCCCGCUGCGCAUUGUUCUCUUACUCGGCGAUAAACUGGACCACCCAUUUCCGCGAUGCUUAUACCGCCGAUAAUGAUGCCAUCGUUCCUAUCGCGUUGCGCCUCCACACAUCGGCACCACUUUUCUCAGAAUGGAUUACGCGCUAUUGGAGUGCUACAUAUAACGAUAGCCCGCCCGGAAACCUUUUAGGCAUUUUAUCAGCGUCGGCAAUUGCCCAAGAUUGCUUCGUUAAGUGCCUGCUUAGUAGCGCCGACGUCGAGACGAAGGAUACAGAAUACGGCCAAACGCCGUUGUCGUGGGCCGCUAAAAACGGGCACGAGGCCGUUGUUCAACGACUGCUCGAACACGGCGCCGACGUUAAGACGAAGGAUAAUAAAGGCCGAACGCCGUUGUCGUGGGUCGCUUUACACGGGCGCGAGGCCGUUGUUUAA